AUGUCAGAACAAAAUGAUCUUCUAUUUGAAGAUCCUGAAAUGGAUAGGUCUAAUUUGACCUCUUCGCAAGUUCCCAAACAAAAGAAAACCACAAAGUUUAUUCUUACUAAAUAUACCCUUUAUGAAACUAAAGACAGAAUGUAUAUUGUUGGUAGUAACAAACGAGAGACAAUGUUUCGUAUCUUAGAAAUUGACUUAACUGUUCCUCAAGACCAACUUAGUGUUCUAGAAGAUAAUGUUUUCUUCACUAGAAAUGAGAUUAUGAAUGUCCUUUCAAGCUUGGAAGAAGCUACUGAUGAAGGUCUUAAUAAACGAGUAACUGGCUAUGGUUUAGCUGGCUUUAUUAAAUUUACUUACUGCUAUUACUUGAUAUUUAUUACUAAAUGUAGUCAGGUAGCAAUGAUAGGAGGCCAUUCAAUAUUCCAUAUUGAUGAAACAGAAAUGAUUCCAAUCUCCAGUGAUUAUAAGAGGCCUGACAAGAAUUCAAUAGAAAAAAAAUUAAUCACUACAUUUCAGGGUCUAGAUCUAGCCAAAACUUUCUACUUUAGUUAUACAUACGAUAUUACAAAUACCUUACAAACAAACUUGUUAAGAGAAAAACUGAGAGCUAUAGAUAGAUCUGAUAUUACUAUCCCAGGUGGAAUUGUUGACUAUAAUGAGAUGUUUGUUUGGAAUAGUUAUUUGCUAAGUCCUAUAAUGCCCUGUAUAGAUACUGUUUAUGAUUGGUUCCAACCUCUAGUCUAUGGCUUUAUUGACCAGGUACAUAUAUCGGUUCUUAGUAAGAGCAUUUAUAUUACAUUAAUUGCACGUAGAUCCCAUCAUUUUGCAGGAGCAAGAUUUUUGAAAAGAGGUGUAAACAAUGAAGGGUUUGUAGCUAAUGAAGUGGAAACAGAACAAAUUGUUACUGAUGUAAUUUUAAGUUCAUUUCAUCAGCCUGGGAAUGGUUUUUUUGAUAGUGAUAGAUAUACCUCAUUUGUUCAACAUCGUGGAUCCAUCCCACUUUACUGGGCUCAAGAAAUUUCCAAUUUGUCGGCAAAGCCACCAAUUAAAUUAACUGUAGUUGAUCCAUAUUUUAGCUCUGCAGCAAAACAUUUUAAUAUGCUUUAUCAACGCUAUUCUGGGGGAUGUAUACACGUUUUGAAUUUAAUAAAAACAAAAGAAAAAAUUCCAAGAGAGACAAAAUUGCUAAAUGAAUUUGAACAAUGCCUUCAGUAUUUAAAUUUACAACUACCAGACGAUAAAAAGAUAAAAUAUACAUCGUGGGAUAUGAGUCGAGCUUCGAAACAAGAUGGCCAGGGUGUUAUUGAAUUUUUGGAAAAGUAUGCAUUAGAAACUGUACAAAGUACAGGGAUAUUUGUUAAUGCAAGAUCAAUAGCAGAGACCCAGAUUCAACAAGGCAUAUGUAGAUCUAAUUGUAUUGAUUGUUUAGAUAGAACUAAUGCUGCACAAUUUGUCAUCGGAAAGCGGGCCUUAGGUGUGCAAUUAAAAUCUUUAGGCAUUAUUAAUCAUAGUUUCUUGGAAUAUGAUUCAGAUAUAGUAAAUAUAUUGACUGAAUUAUUCCAUGACCUGGGUGAUACUAUUGCAUUACAGUACAGUGGCUCACAUUUAGUUAAUACAGUAGAAACAUACAGAAAGAUUAACCAAUGGAGGUCUCAUUCUAGAGAUAUGAUUGAGAGUAUUAAAAGGUUUUAUAGUAAUUCCUUUAUGGAUGCUCAAAGGCAAGAUGCUAUUAAUUUAUUUUUAGGUAAUUACAUUUGGAAAGUUGGCCAUGCAAUGCCUUGGGAAAUGAAUACUGAUUUUUAUUUACAUAAUGGGACAGGGACUGAGAAACCAUUGCUAAGCUACACACAUUGGUGGAAUUUAUACUAUGUUCGUAAUCUAAACCAAUUGUUAAUAGAAGAAACUUAUGACCAAGGAAAUGAUGUAACAUUGGAGAAUGUCACCAGAAAUAUUCGUGGUUACCCAGAUGCAUUUGAUAAUUAUUGGAAUGAAUACUAUUCACCAAGAACAUACACUUGGAUGCAAGAAUUAUUUGCAUAUAAUAUGAAUUCAACAAGGAGAUAUUAUAAUGCUCAAAAACCAGGCCAGAUUUUAUCUCCUUUUAAAUCGCAUAAACAAAGUUUUUUAAAUAGUAAACUGAAGGCGUUAACAGUUGAUAAAAAAUCUGAGGAUAAAGAAGUAGAAAACCAUGUUGAAACUGACGAUAUUAAUGGCAAAUUUAAUCUUUAUAAAGAGCAAGUUCUUUACCACUCCUUCAAAGAAAGUGAUAUUAUCGAAUUUAUGGAAUAUAAUAGAGAGAAAUAUCUUACUGAAGCAUUACUUAAGGGAGAAAACUCUGCUUUAAGGCCAAAUUUAAAUGUUGGUAAUAAAUCUCUGGAGAUUAGCCAUUCAAUCAAAUACGUUGGAUACAAUUCGAAUGAGAAUAAAAAGAAACAAUACUGGGCAGUUCAUGAUAUUGAAAUUGAUACACCUUACUUUGAGAAAUUGAUAAAUAUAGACUUAUAUAAGCCGCUGGAUGGUUAUGACACUACACCUUUUUCAAAUGAAAUCUCAAUUACACCGUUAGACAGAGAAUUGUAUAACAGUUGGAUAGACAUGAACUUUUGA